AUGCUUUCUAACCAAACUGAUGAAAGGAUGUUGCGGGAACCAGCAGGGACACCGACACCCGAAGUAAGCGGAGAGGAUGAAAUUUCACUCGUUUCAAUGAGGGAAGGAGGGAGGUUAGAACGGAUUGUUACUCCAAGAAUCGUUCUCUUUAUUUUUACUGCUCUUAACUUCAUAACAUAUUAUGAUCGUGGGGCAAUUGCCGGGUCUUUGGCUGUUAUCAAAGAAGAUCAAAGAAUUUCUGGUUCGUCGCGGAUCCUUUCGGAUACUCAAACUGGUUUCAUCGUGUCAGGCUUUAUGAUUGGUUUCAUGACGACAAGUCCUAUUUUCGCAGCUUUCGGUGGAGUUAUAUCUUCUAAGUGGAUGAUAACCGCUGGAAUGAUUGCUUGGGGAAUUGCAUGUAUUGGUACAGCACUUGCCCGUUCUUAUGUAUUUCUUCUAAUUUGUCGAAUUAUUGUGGGUGUUGGAGAAGCCGCUUUUGUAGGAUACACUGUCACUAUUAUAGACCAAAUUGCACCUCUAAACUCCCGAACAUUGUGGAUAGGCACGUUCUAUUCCAUGAUUCCAGUGGGAACAGCAGUAGGAAUGGCUCUUGGUGGUAUUAUAAGUUCUUUCGGUGUUAUUGGCCCCCUUGAAGGAUGGAGAGUCGUUUUUUUAUCUGAAGUAUUGGUGGCCGUUCCCAUUGUUUUAACCGUGGUAUUUUUACCUAGAAAAUAUAACUUGCUUCAGAGUUCUGAAGAAGAGUAUGUACCUUUUCACAGAGCGACCUUUGCAUUAUUUAAAAAUCCUAUUUAUCUUCUUGUUGUUUUUGGUUAUGCAAUGUAUUCUUUUGUGGUUGGAGCUAUUUCGGUAUGGGCUAUUCCUAUGCUUGUGCAAGGACCGAUGCAACUUUUGAAUUUGACUGCUUCAAUCAUUAUGGGAGGUGUUACUGCGGUAACUGGUGUUUUUGGUUCUGUGGCAGGAGGUAUUCUCGUCGACAAAAUGGGCGGAAGUCUUGGUGAUGUAGGGGUAAUGAAAUGUCAGUUAUUUGAUGUACUUAUGAUUGCGCUUUGUGUUCCUUUAGGUAUUUUGGCGUUGUGUAUGCAAUUUCUUCCAGUGUUUAUUCCAAUAUUAGUUAUCUCCGUUUUUGCUCUCUUUGCAGUGACCGCACCUGUUAACGCUUCUAUUCUUACGGUAGUACCAAGAGAACUGAGGACAUAUGCAGUAAGCUAUUCUGUUUUUCUUAUUCAUGCAUUUGGAGAUUUUCCGUCACCAACGUUUGUUGGAUUGCUGUCGGACCGUUUAUUUUCAAAAGGGUGUCCAAAUCAUGAUCAUGAUUCUUGUGUCCUUGAUACUAUUAAUCAAUGUCAGUGGGUGAAUAAUACCAAGGAGGACUCCACAGGACACUGUGUCAAUGAAUUCCAAUUACGCAAUGCAUUAUUAGUAGUAUUUUCAAUUCUGUUUUUGGCUAUUCCAAGUUGGUUAUUGGUAUAUCUUCUUCUUUGGAGAAGACGGACAGUCGCAUCCUCUACAACAAAUACAGGUAAUAGUUCAUCGGAUGGGGAUGAGCAAGGGUACAACUCCAUAUUACCAACAGGUAUACAAAUCACCGACCGCGAAAAGCAAUAG